AGUGUACUUUUCCUUUUAGUAAAUAUAAAAAUAUAAAGGAUUUCAUAGAUUCAGUUCUGACCUGCUUUCCCUAAAAUUUUAUUUUCUUUCAGGUCUUUAAUUUGAAAAUUACAGAUUCUAUAGAACUCUAUUCUAAGAGUUUCAUAUAUACAAAUAUAUAUGGAAAACCAGAAGAGUAAGGAAUUCAUUGGGCCCAGAAAGGAGCAUAGGAGAGGGAUGCAAAGAGAAGUUAACAUUUCAAUCUUCAAUCGGCCCUUUUGAAUGAGAAAGAUUUCACCAAGGAGGCAGUAGCAGAAAGGAAUUCUAGGCAGAGGUUGCCUCUGCCAGAGCAGACAUUCAUGGGCUACUGGACAAUUGGUCAGGCAAGAAGUGGAAUGCAAAAACUCUUGUGUCCGGCAGAAACUCAUCAUGUAGACAUAAAGGGUCCAGUACUUAUAAACAUACAGGAAUAUCCAAUAGAAAGACGUGAAGAAAGAUCUCUAAACUUUACUGAAGAAUGUGCUUCCUGGAGGUUACCAUUGGAUGAAAUUAAUUUAAUCUGUGACAUUGCUACAUCACAUGAAAAUGAGGAAAAUACUCUCUAUGUAGUUGCAUGCAAUCCUGUUUCCUUAUACUUUAUGAAUAUGACUGGGAAAAGUGGCUACUUUGUGGACUUUUUUAACAUCUUCCCAAGAACAGCCAGUGGAGUUUGGCACCCAUUUGUGACAGUGGCACCGCUGGGAAGUCCCCUCAAGGGUCAAGUGAUUCUCCAUGAGCAGCAGGUAAUGCACAUCAGGCUACUCACACACUACAAUUAUGUGAAGAGCAUCUAACGUGAAGGAAAAGGCAAGAGUGAUUAGCGACCUAUGACUGAAAGUACGCGCUUUCAUAAAGGUCCAGGAGAGGGCUAGAGGGACGGGUCAGGAGUUCUAUUUUGUCUGUACCACAAAGGCUAACAUCUUCCUCCCUGCACAGGUGUCAACAUGACCUAUAAGUUUGGAAACAGGUAAGUCAGGGGUCUUUAACCUCAAUGCUAUUGACAUUUGGGUCCAGAUGAUUCUUUAUUGUGAAGCUUGCACUCUCUUUGAGAAGAUAUACAAUAAACAAGUAAGCCAACAAAAUAAACACACCAAUUGUAGGUAGUGAUAAGUGUUAUAUAUAGAAACAGGGUAAUGUCUGAGGGAGUGGUGGGGAUGGGUAGCAGGAGGUAGGAAGGUGAAUAGUAGUAAAAUGAGUACUGAGAUAUCUCAUCGUAGGAGAUGACAUUUUAUCUGAGACCUGAAUGACAUUUUUUACAUAGAGAUAACCGCACAGAUCCACUAAAUAAAAUACACAGAGAUCCGUUAGACCUAAUGGUGCUCAAUUCCACCCAUCACUAAGAUUGCACUAAUGGAAAAUCCAGAUGCCCAGAGUCAGGCUAAAAAUAAUUCCAAAGAGAAGAUGCACAUCAAAAGAAUAGGUUGCAUUUCAAUUAGUUAGAAUUCUAAAGCUUUGAAUUAAUCUGUACUAUACCAAUAGAAAAGAGUCUAAUGUAUUUACCAGGUAUUUACCAAGUACUAUACUAAGCAUAUUAUUCAUUCAACAAAUAUAUAUCAUGUGCCUACUGUUGGGAAUACCACAUUGAACAAUAACCCCAAAAUCCUUGUCUUCAGAAGCUUAUAUUCUGGUGCAGGAAGGUAGACAAUAAGCAAAAUUAAUAAUUAAAGUAUAACUUAGGGUAGAAGAUGAGAAGCAAGAGAGAGUAAGAUUGCAAUUUAAAAUAAAGUAGGCAGGGAUUGCCUAACUGGUUGAGGGUGAUAGUUAAACAAAGACUUGAUGGAAGUGAGGAGGAGAAGAGAUAUCUGGAAGAAAAGAGUUCUAGGCAAAGGGAAUAGUAAGUUCAAAGCCCUAGAGUCUGGAACAUGCCUCUUCAUUGUUAAAGAA